AUGAGCAACGUACGGGGUGUGGUCGUGGUUGUUGGCGUUGUUGUCGGGAUGCAUCCUUCAACGAAAGAGACGAAGUUUGAUAAUAACAAUACACUGAUGAUGCUGCUGCCGCCCGAGAAGCAGGCCACGAAUAACCUCUUAUACAUAUAUAUUGAAGUUCAAGGGCGAGUUGCUGAAUUGCGUGCAUUUCCAAUUGAAUUAUACGCUCGCGAUUUCAAAAUACUUUCGUAUUUGAGCAUUUUCAAUAUUUAUUCCAGUCAGUGCUCAAUUAACAAGCAAGCUCUUUCUCAUGGAUAA